AGCACUGUGGAGACGUUUACUUGAGCAGACGUUUACAGAGAUUGAGAGAGAACAGCAUUUGAGCGAAAUAACAUCGACAAGAAGAAGAUCCAGAUUGGUAAGGUAGAGCGGGAUUCCCUGUGAUCAGCAAAAGGUACAGUAAUCAUCUCUGAAACCGCCUCGCUUCGCUGGGAUCAACUCUACAAACGGGUUUGGUUCCUACCGCCUGCCUGGUGUCCGUCUUCGUUAUUUUGCUCUUUUUUUAAAAUGCAGUGUAAAGAGUAAAGUGUUUAAAGGUUUUACUAAACAGAUAUUAGUUGUCAUUGAUCUUUUCAUCCAAAUCGAGUGUUUAAUUUAAAAAUUACUCUGCUUAUAAAGUUCUAUCACAGUUUUCAUGUCAUUUUUAUUUUACUUCAAGGAAGACCACCAGAAAGAAGACAGCUAACCAUUCUUUCACAACAAGCUCCUUGCAGUUAAAGGAUGGUGAGGCACGCGCACUUCAGACGCCGAUACCUCAGUCAGCAAGAGGCACAAGGUUCGUCCAGACAGGACAACAGCGGCAGGGAGCAGCAAGAGGAAUCCCUGCCAUGUUGGGGUCCCGCCAUCAUCAUCGACCAGCAGGAUAUGGCUGCUUUCUUCGCACUGCUAGAUGAUGACCUGAUCCAGCAUUUCCUUCGCAUGGAUGCCUGCUACAAGAUGACCGACAAGUACCUUCUGGCGAUGACCUUCAUCUACUUUAAGAGAGCUUACUUCACUCCCAGUGAGCAGACAAGGAUGAACUUCUUCAUCGCCCUCUAUCUUGCUAACAUGAUGGAGGAGGAAGAAGAUGGAAACAGAUUCGAGAUCUUCCCCUGGGCCUUGGGUGAAAACUGGAGAAGUCUGUUUCCCACCUUCAUCAAGCAGAAGGACCAGCUCUGGGCACGGAUGCAGUACAGGACUGCUGUGAGCCGCCGCUGCUGUGCGGAGGUGAUGGCCAUCGUACCCUCCCACUCUCUGUGGAAGCGGGAGCGCCCCGAACAUCACAGCGGGGCUCAGCGGCACUACGGCAGGGAGGGCUUUCUGCAGCCCCGGGGGCCAUCAGCUCUACCCAUCGCCUGCAUGCUCUGCAGCAGGAUGACCGGCCAGAACCAGGAACCCUGUACUUCUGAGCACGCAGGGAGCCCAGAGUCCAGUGCACAAGGCAGAGAACUGGAACAGGAUGGACCCCAGGUCCGGAUCAAUGAGAAAAGAGGCUCAAAGCGAACGUGGGAUGGACAGCAGAAGGACAACAGUUGCUGCCCAGAUCCACAGGAAGGUCCAAGUGAUUCUGACCCUAGAGGAAGGCCUCAGGACCUCGGAUCUCCCUCUGUGGGCAGGUCAGCCGUGCCGAAAGUCAGGAAGGUCACCAAAGACACGACGGUCCUGCCUUUUGGUUUUGAACCUCACGUUGGAGCCCUUGUUCCAAGCUGCAUCAUUAUAUAGCCGGGAAUAUUUUAUGAUACAGCCCCAUUUCUGGAUCCCUACUUCCUGGUCUGGGUUCUCCAGUGUUCCGGGGCUCAGACUGCCUUCCUGGGGACCUCAGCCAGUCAGCGGCCCAAGACCCAUUGGUCCCCUGUCGCCACGCCUCCCCCUUGUAAGAAUGCCAGCACCUGCCUUGCUUUCAAUAAAAACACAGACAGACCUCACAUUCAGUGUGAGCUAUUGUUGCUCCCACAUGUGGCCACAUACUGAGCAUUAACUCUCUGUCUGUCAUGCAGCCCUGAUCCAACUUACCCUGCGUGAUCCAGUCUCAGCUCAUCUGUCCCUGGAACUUAAACCAGGAUGGCGAUGUGGGACUGUGUUAAAGCAAUCUGCGUGAACUAGUGCGGUAGACUCACUGACAGACUACAUGUGCACCAACGCAGCAACUGGGCCCCAACGUGGUUAGCUUUGCAUUCCAAGUGCUUGGUUGGGUUAAUAUGGUACCAUUUCUGUUCAUGUGAUGAGGAUUGUGUGGAAGAAAUAUGUACGUUUUGCAUAGUAAUCAGCAUAAUUACUAGUCUAACUGUUUCUGGAGGUAUAGUUAAAUGGAUAGUUUUUGGUUUGAGUAAAGCCUAGUUACAUAAAAUGUAAACAUUUGUGACAUAUUUGCUGCCAUUCGGCAUAUAACUACUCAGAAAUGUGAUUAUUGUGGAAGCUUUGAACCAUUCCUUGAAGUACUGGGAAAAAUCUUACAGGGUUUGACUGUUACAUUUUAGUUGUAUGUGCACAGGGAGUAAAUCUAUAUUUCAUUAUUUAUUUUCUUUUGUUUGUUUUAAAUAUACACACGCUCUCAUGGAAAAGAGUAAAUAAGUGUUUGUAUGUUAGCUCUCCAUAUAUUGUUGCCGAGCCAUUUUAUUUAGGACAAGCCAUAGUCAUUACACAUUUAAUUAUCUAAUUUCUGUGGAUAUAUAUUAAUGCCAGGGGCCCUGGUAAAAUACUUCCUCAGUGGAGACACCACGCUAGUUACAUCAUUUACCCCUUCUCAUUAGUUUAUUACUCACACUUACUUUUCAAAUUCUAGUGCCUUUGGAAACCCUUUAAGUUUGGGUGUCAGACAGGAAGUCCAGUCAUUUCACCAUCAGUAGCUGGAGACCCAGGAUCUUGUGUGUUUAAGCUACAUGAGUGUGACUCCAGGUUGGGUAUAACACUAGUGACAAAGGGGUUACGUUUUGGAAGCACCGCUGGGAUUCUUUCCUGUUUGUCAGUUUGGGAUAAUUUGAUGUGUAUUUUUUGCUACUAUAUUAGUAAGCUCGUUUGUUAACGAUAAAGUUUAUUUUAUUGUGUGGCACUGUUGUUUGUUGCACACAGAAUGGUGCUUACUAAGGCUGUUGAGUGGAGUCGAGAAGAGAAUGUUAACCUCUCCCAUGACAUUGUAGUUGGUGACGUGCCCUUAGAUGUAGUGGAUGACACUGUGUUGAAAGUAUUGAGCACAGUAAAAGCCUUUGGCCACACUACAAUACGUGGAGACGCUACUGGAUGUAGGCUGUUCAUACUAGUAGAAACUAGUACUGAUUUAGAGUCUUGCACUGUGGCCCCAGAAAUAGGCAUUGAAGGAGAAGCAGGGCCUUGGACUGUGCAUGUUGUUAAACAUCUUACUCCAGAACUUGAUUCAGAUUUCCACUCAAAACUGUUGACAAUACUGCAGCAAGAGGGCAAAACCCUUAAAGGAUGUCAGGGCCAUUCUUUCCAAUGACCCAUGUCUGAAACCAGACCAGAACAUGGAUUUAGUAAAUACUAUUGGUAGGCUAGUUGACAAGUGUUGUCAAGGGCCCGGUGAUGGGCCUAGUUACAAGAAGUUGAGGUUGUUCUCUGGAGUGAAACCUGUUCCAUUAGGUGAUGAUGCUUGGAUGGAUCAGGCUACUCAAAUGAUGAGUGAGUGGCAGUGUAAUGAUGCAGUUAAGAGGCAGCGCAUUGUUGUACAGUAAGUUUGACAGGGCCUGCUGCUGACAUUAUCAGAUUUUUAAAGGCCAGCCAAGUUCAGGCACACUUAUCAAGAGGAUGGAGAAAAGCUGUCUGUGUUCUUGUAUCGAUUGGAUAAGCCGCUUCUUCGAGCCCUAUUAAAAGGCAGCAUUAAUGCUGAGGGCAUGAAUAGAGCGUGAAUGGAGCAGUUGAUCAAAGGUGCUCUGACCAACUGGACACUUGGAUAUGUUAGGAAUGCCUGAACCGAGUCAAUAGCAGAAAUGGUGUCAACAUAUAGCCCAUCUUGUGCAUGCCUAUAAUUGUACUCCAAACAAAGCCACCGGAUUUUCACUUCCUUAUGUUUGGAAGGGAAGCAAGACUGCCGGUGGAUUUUUACUUUGGCGUGUCUGCAGAUGGAACAUCAUCAGUCUCGUAUACCAAGUAUGUGUCAAAAAUGAGACAGGAACUCCAGGCAGUAUACGAGUUGGCUCAGAGCACUGAAGAUGGUGGCACAGGAGGUAGUGCUAUCGUUCGGCAACUGGAAGGUUGCAGGUUCGAGCCCUGGUUCUUCCUGAUCCCAUCAAAGUGUCCUUGCGCAAGACACUGAACCCCAAAUUGC